UUACUCAUAUCAUGUUUAUGUGGCAGGAAUACAUACUUUCUGUAAUGGUCAUUUGGGAUGUAUUAUAUCUUUGUGUAAUCACGACGGAAAAGAUAACAAAGUUGUUAUUGCACGUAAUAACAUGUAUGUUGUGGGACAGUAUCUCCGGUUUUUAAGAGCUCAUUGGACGUUUCUAAAAGCUGUUGCGAAUAAGUUUCUUGAGUUUUUGCAUGAGACUCAUCCUGGAGUUCAGGUGGCAACCCUUCAGUUUUGCAACUCUACCAAUAUUCUUGAGGCAUAUUCAUAUGGUUCAAGUGAGGAACAAGGUAUCAUCAAAAUUUUGCACUGUUCUUCACCUCAUUUUGCAAGGAAUACAUACUUUUUGUCAUGGUCAUUUGAGAUGUGUUAUAUCUCUGUGAAAUCACAACGGGAAAAGAUAACAAAGUUGUUAUUGCACGUAAUAUCAUGUAUGUUGUGGGAUAGUAUUCUCGAUUUUUAAGAGCUCAUUGGACAUUUCUAAAAGAUGUGAAUAAGUUUCUUUAGUUUUUGUAUGAGACGCACCAUGGAGAUCAGGUUAUGUUUUCUUCCUAUGUUUUCUGUCC